AUAAGUUUGUUGGUGAUGAAAUGGAACAGGCCAGUGCUAGAUCAGAACUUGUACAACAUGGGGAUGAAAAUGACCUCAACAACGUUUGCAUCCACCACUGUUAAUGUCCUCCCGGCCAUUACUUUUGUAAUGGCACUCAUUUUCAGGCUAGAGAAGGUGAACUUGAGAAAAUUUCACAGUGUAGCCAAGGUCAUUGGAACCGUCAUAACAGUUUCAGGAGCUAUGGUUAUGACUCUGUACAAAGGCCCUGCCUUCCAAAUCAUAAAGGGUGGAGGAGCCAUGAGCCACCAUAGCAACUCUAGCAGUACCAGUACCACCGAACCCUCUGACCAGCACUGGAUAGUUGGAACUGUUUAUCUCCUAUUUCUUCAUUUUUUUCCAAUCUAGAAAAUCUCAAAUCAA